AUGACCCUACUAUGCGUUGCCUCCAAGGGCCUCAGCCCAACCAGAAGACAGGUUUCUCGGAUUAGGACUUAUGUACCAUCUAUCUCGAGAUCCCUAUCUUUGUAUCAGAAACCCUCUUUCCAAAAUGAGCCUACAAAAGCCUAUGCCCGAGGAUCCCCUGAGCUAGCUGGCAUCACGAAAGCCCUUGAAGAUCUAAAAGCCAAAUUGCCUGUUCAGCUUCCUUUGCAAAUCGGUUCUGAGAAUAUCAAAUCACCAAUCUCUGCCCAGAUUAACCCAGCGAGGCACAGUCAAGUUAUUGCGGAAUGGGUUCCAGCGAGAAAGUCCGAUAUAAAGAAAGCUAUUGAUGCGGCACUUGCUGCAAAGCCCUCUUGGGAGAAUUUGCCGUUUGAAGAUCGGGCUGCAGUUUUUCUUAGAGCUGCGGAACUGAUAUCGGGGAAGUACCGCUAUCCGUUGAUGGCUGCGACGAUGUUGAACCAAGGGAAGAACAUCCGAGAAGCAGAGAUUGACGCUGCGGCCGAAUCAUGCGAUCUUUUGAGGUUCAACGUUCAAUGCGCGAUGGACAUGUUCAAGCAGCAGCCUGCAAUUAACUCAAAGGGAAUGUGGAAUCGCCUUGAGUAUCGACCCCUCGAGGGUUUCGUUUAUGCCAUUGCACCAUUCAACUUCACUGCACUGUGCGCUACUCUUGCAUGUGGUCCAUUGCUAAUGGGUAAUGUCGUUAUCUUGAAGCCAUCCUUGUCUGCUCUUCACAGCUCAUGGUUGUUUCAUCAAAUCUUACUUGAAGCUGGACUUCCCAAAGAUGUCCUUCAGUUUGUUCCAGGUGAUGCCGAGGAAAUUACAAACGCAGUCCUUGAAAGCCGGGAUUUUGCUGGUCUCAAUUUCACUGGUUCUACCCAUGUUUUCCGAAAUCUCAUUGCGAAGAUCGGAAUUGCUACAGGCGAAGGUCGGUUCUUAAGCUACCCACGAAUUGUUGGAGAGACGGGUGGAAAGAACUUCCAUCUCAUCCACGAGUCCGCGGAAAUUGAGAGUGCUGUCAACUGUACCAUUCGUGGUGCUUUUGAGUUCCAGGGGCAGAAAUGUUCAGCGCCUUCUCGUCUUUACGUCUCAGAAUCUGUCUGGCCGGACUUCAAAAGAAGUCUGUUGCAAAAGAUGAACACAAUCAAAGUCGGCAGCCCUGAAAAUCCGGAGAAUUAUAUCAACCCAAUCAUCCAUGAACAAGCAUUUGACAGAAUGGUCGAUUUGUUCGAGAGGGCAAAAUCGGACGCUAAUCUGACUUUGAUCACCGGUGGUAAAGCUGAAAAAGAUGUCGGCUUUUAUGUUUAUCCCACAGUCUAUCAGACUACAGAUCCUCAACAUGAGAUCAUGCAGACAGAGUACUUUGGUCCCAUGUUUUCCGUUUACGUGUUCCCUGACAAUGAGUGGGAAAGUAUACCCAAGCUCAUUGAUACUACCAGCAGCUAUGCACUUACCGGUAGUAUCUUCGCUAAAGACCCGAGUGCUAUUCGAUUCGCUUGUGAUGCAUUAAAACACUCAGCGGGUAAUUUCUACGUCAACACCAAGAGUACUGGCUCUGUCGUUGGUCAACAACCCUUCGGUGGUUCACGCGGCAGUGGCACGAACGAUAAAGUGGGAUCAGUGAAUACACUGAGCCGUUUUGUAAGUGUUCGAACUGUGAAGGAGGAAUUUGAUGAAACAACGGAGUUUAGCUACCCCAAUUUUCAAUCGGAAGAUUGA